CUUCCGUCGCUCCAGCGGCUCUCCCUCAUGAAGCCACCGCUCCUCUUUGUGCGCUGAGUCCGACAUCCGGACGAGAAUGUGACCGCAGGUCUGGCUCAAAGUUGGAUUUGAUGGAAAGCGGGCGUCCCGAUCCUGGAAGAUGGGCUAUGGGCAAAUCCUUCACAAGUGCGGCUACAAUGAGCAGCAGCUUCGCCUUAAUGUGGGAGGACUUCACUUCGAGGUGGAUGGAGACACGUUGCAGCAGUUUCCGCACACGCGUCUCGGCCGCCUGCUGCGCUGCCGGAGCGAGACGGCCAUCCUGGAGCUAUGCGACGACUACAGCGCCGCCGACAGGGAGUACUACUUUGACCGGAAUCCGCGGGUGUUCCUCUGCGUGCUCAACUUCUACCAGACGGGACGCCUGCACAUGAUGGAGGACGUGUGCGUGUUUUCCUUCAGCCAGGAGAUCGAGUACUGGGGCGUCCAUGAAUUCCACCUGGCCGAGUGCUGCAGCAACUGGUUCCACGAGAGGAAGGAGUACAUCCAUCACCGGGACUGGGACGUCAGGAGCGAGGACGGCCAGCAGCCCAGCUUCGAUUCGUCCCUGGCGGAGUUGUCGGCGCUGGAUCAGGACCUGGCCAAGUUCGAGGGCUUGUGGUGCGCCCAGUUCCGGCGUUACGUGUGGCUCAGGCUGGAGGAUCCGGGUCACUGCCGAGCGUCCAAGAUCAUCGCCUUGGCGUCCCUCAGCGUAGUGCUGACGUCCAUCAUCGCCAUGUGCGUCCACAGCAUGCCUGAGUUUCAGCAGGUGGACGACAACGACAAGCCCAUCGAGGACCCCGUCCUCGCCAUCCUGGAGGUGAUCUGCAUCGUGUGCUUCUCGACCGAGUUCGUCAUCCGACUGAUUGUGGCCCCCUCCCCCAGGAAGUUCCUCGGGAACCCCUUGAACAUCAUCGACGUCGCCUCCAUCCUGCCCUUCUACGCCACCCUGGCUCUGGAAAACACCGACGAGGAGGGCGCCGAGGAGAACGAGGACAUCCAGAACGUGGGGAAAGUGGUGCAGGUUCUCCGCCUCAUGAGGGUCUUCCGAAUCCUCAAACUGGCUCGCCACUCCAUCGGGCUGCGGGCGUUGGGUGCCACCAUACGCCACAGCUACAACGAGGUGGGCCUCCUUCUUCUCUUUCUCUCCGUAGGGAUCUCCAUCUUCUCCGCCCUUAUCUACUUUGCGGAAAAGGAGGAGGAAGACACGGACCUGGGCACCAUCCCUUCCGGUUGGUGGUGGGCCACUAUCACCAUGACGACGGUGGGCUUCGGGGACACCUGCCCCGUGACCCUGGCGGGGAAGAUAGUCGCCACCUUGUGUAUCAUCUGUGGACUUUUAGUGGUUGCGCUACCCGUUACCAUCAUUUUUAAUAAGUUCUCCAAGUACUACCAGAGGAACCAAGCCAUGGAGAGCCAGUGUAUCCCCAAACCCAAGAGACAGGACCCUGAACUUCCUUAUUACAACAUCAGGGACUUGUUCAAUGAUAAGGUGUAUCCGUUCCUCGGGGGCGUCUCUCUCAGGAACAGCGUAAGCAGCGGUGGGGACAACAUGGACACCUCAAGCUUACAGGACGUCGACAUGUACCACGGUGAUACUCGUGAAAACUCAAAUGUUGAACUAUGAAAUGCGGUGGUACCGUGACUGACGAUUGUCCCAAUUUACGAUUUCUUUUCAGUUACGGUCACUCAUUAGGCCACGCCCCUUAAAGGCACAUGUCAAAACCUGAAUACUGCAGUGUAUAUGUACAGUAUGACUAUCGGCUUAAUAACACUUUCUAAAAUUAAAAAGUAUUUCUUUACAUUUUCUUAUGAUGCUUUUAUGGGUCGUUUUCAUAUAAUUUGAUCAAUAAAGGCACGAACCACCAAUUUUAAUGAUAUGAGUAUUUAAAAUACUGCGAUUGGCUGGCAACCAGUCAGGGUGUACCCCGCCUCCUGCCCGAUCAGAGCUGGGAUGGGCUCCAGCACUCCCGCGACCCUUGUAAGGAUAAGUGGCUCAGAAUAUGGAUGGAUGGCUGGAGUAUUUAAAAUAUUGGCAGUUUUUAUCCAUAAAAAGAUCAUAAAUAUUUUUAAGAAGAAAAACAAAACAAAAAACACUUUUUUUUUCUAACUUGUAAUGCCAAAGCGUCUUUACCGUUUGGUGUCCAAAAUGACGUUUCAUGAUUUGCAACAUGUUUUCUGAAGAUGCUAAUUAAAUUUUUGGAUGUACAGGAUUUUUCUGCUAUUGCUUAAUAUGCCUUUUCCAUGAAAACUAACACAAAUGCAUCGUAAGAGUUCAGAGUUCCUUUUUGGGGGGCUUCUUUUACAAAGGGCCCUUUUUUCUCACUCAAGCUGUCUUUACCGUUAAUGCCGCUGGAGAGAGACUCGUUAUGUUGUUGCAAUACACCAGAGGGAUCUGUGAGCUGAAGUGCCAGGAUGAACGGCCCUUUUGGAUUCACUCCGUAGCAGACAGCAAAAUAACUGGGAACCUUAUUUCUGAGGUAUAAAUGAAUCUGUAUGAAUUUGUUAAGUAUUGCAUGUCUUUACCGUUAUUAUGAUUGUAUAAAGACAAGAGUGUAAUAGUUUCAAUGAGUACUUAGGGUCAUUUAAUCACUUGUAUCUGCAGUUUUUGAAGGGUUUGAAGGAUUUUGCAACUCACACGGUUUUUAUGAAGCUGUUUGUCUUUACCGUUAUGCACUUCUGUUUUUAACGUGAUAAAAAGAAAUGUAUUUCAAUAGGACAGCACCAUUUCUUCUGUCAAUAAGGACUGCCUUUACUAUGAAUGCCCAAAAUGUAAAAUCAUCAAUAACUUUUCGAAAAUAAGACUUUAAAGGCGUAGCUGUGUCAGCAUGAGCGACAUUUACCCAUAUAAAACGAGGGCGGCAUUAAAAAAAAUUGCUAAAUUAGAUUUUUUUUUUAAUUUUAUUUUAUUUAUUGAUUUAUUUUUUACAAGUGACGUUACCAUUAUUGAUUAAAUGAUAUGACAAUAACCCUUGCAUUUGUUACUUUACAAAACAGUGCAAUUUUUCCGUAUGAACAACAUGUAACCAAAUUUAUGGAUUUCAAUUCAUUUCACAGGGGAAUAUUGAUUUGGUAUAUGAGUGAAUUAAGUUGUGUCAAGCUUGGUCACGGAACGAAUUAAUCGUAAGUCAAUGUGCCAAUGUAUUCCGAGCAACAGCUUCUUGUUUUUCUUUUUUUGUACCGGGCAAAAGAAAACGCAGCAGCACUAAAACAUACAAUCCCUCCCAGCCACUAGGGAAUCACCUGAACGUUGCUCCAAGGCCUGAAAGCCCAUUUUCUGCUUGAGAAAACUGCAAUGAUGCACGCGGCAGCCUCCUAAUGUUCGUGUUUUUUUCCGCGUAAUCUCCUAUUGAUUUGUCCACUCGCUCAGAGUCCAGUAUGGCAAAAGUAACGACAGCACCGCCUUAAUCCUGCUGAAUUGACACUUCACUGAUUGCAUGUAAAUUUGGAAAUAUUAUAAUACAUUCAGUGGAAUGCAAUUUGUU